UUUAUGGAAACAGAAUGAAGAUACAGCCAUCUAACGGGCAUGAUGGAAACGGAAAAAUAAGUUUCCAUCUCUUGUGAUUUCAUAGGUUUAUUUGUGAACACGUCAGGAGCUAACCAUACGUCUAUAGUAUUGGUCGGUAUUGAGUGAAAAAAAUGGCGAAGGUCUACGUAUAGACGAUCGUCAACAGAGUUGACAGAAACUAAUGAAAUUGGCUAAUGUCAAAAGCUACAACGUAAUGCAUGAAAAAUGUAUUCUCUAGUCCGCGCCGCCUUGGUGCGUUUCGUAUGAUCAGGUACAACGUUUUAGUGUUCAAGUGUUCAAUCGAGUGAGAAAACAACGAGAGAAAAAAGGAGAAGCAGGAGAUCCAGUGGUUGCGAAACGUCACAAAUCACAACACGGAACAGGCCACUUCAAGGUGUAAAAAAUGAGUCAAAUACAAAUGGAUCAAGAAACAGUAUAUGGAACUCAUGAGGAUAGUCAUGUGGUCAUGUCAGAAAAAGUACAAUCUUUGGCUGGUAGUAUUUAUCAAGAAUUUGAAAAAAUGAUAGCUCGUUAUGAUGAAGAUGUAGUGAAAGACCUAAUGCCCCUCCUAGUCAAUGUUCUAGAAUGUCUAGACAUAUCUUAUACUGAAAAUCAAGAACGUGAAGUUGAAUUAGAAUUGUUAAGAGAAGAUAAUGAACAACUUGUUACUCAAUAUGAAAGAGAAAAACAAUUAAGAAAAACAUCUGAUCAAAAAUUAUUAGAACUUGAAGAUGUAGCAGAAGAUGAAAGAAAAGAACUUCUAUCAAAAAUUGAUAGUUUGGAAUCAAUUGUAAGAAUGCUGGAACUGAAGACAAAAAAUUCACAUGAUCACGGUACAAAUUAUGGCUCUCUCAGUUCAUCCCUUCAUAGAACAUCCCUCUACAUUGUUCGUCUUGAAGAAAAAGAAGCCGAAUUGAAGCGCGAAUAUACUCGUCUACAUGAGAGAUAUACGGAAUUAUUUAAAACGCAUGUAGAUUAUAUGGAAAGAACAAAAAUGUUAGUUGGAAGUACAGAAAGAUUAGAAAAUUCGACUAGUGGUCGAGGUCCAUCUCGCUUACCAUCUCUUGGUUUAACUCAUAUGUCACGAAGUUCAGGACCACUAAGUUAUGGCUUUCAGAGUUUGGAAGCUAGUAUAAAUGCAGAGGAUAUUCAACAAGAAAAUCCAUCAAAUGCUGUUGCUAAUUUAAGAACUGAAAUGUUAGAUAGUAGCAGCGAAGCUGCUAUUGAGACAUCUGAUAAAAGUCAAUUAACAGAUAAACCAGCACAAGCAAAUAAAACAACUGCAAUUUCUAGACAUGAAAGUCCAGAAACUGAAAUACCUCCACCUUUGGUUACACCAACAUCACCAACUAUAGAAAAGAUAGCUACUACUCCAAGUGGAAGAAGUAGAACAGAAAGAGAACAACGAAGUGGUAACACAUUGUAUCAGGAACUCAGUUUUCAAGAUGCUGAUGCAUUAGGAGAAAUGGAUGAAGGAGCAGAUAUCACUGGUAGUUGGGUUCAUCCUGGGGAAUAUGCUUCUUCAGGAAUGGGAAAAGAAGUUGAGAAUCUUAUUAUGGAAAAUAAUGAAUUAUUAGCUACAAAAAAUGCGCUUAACAUUGUUAAAGACGAUUUAAUAGUUAAAGUAGAUGAACUUACAAGUGAACAAGAAAUAUUACGUGAAGAAGUUCGAGCUUUACAACAAGCUAGAGAACGAUUACGGCAAAAGGUUGUUGUCCUUGAAGAAGAAUUGAAAAAAGUUAAAGAAGAAGCUGAAGCAGCAGCAAAAGCAGCUAAAAGCGAUGAUGAAGAAGAUGUAUCGUUAGCACAAAGAAAAAGGUUUACUAGAGUCGAAAUGGCUAGAGUUCUUAUGGAAAGGAAUCAAUAUAAAGAACGCUUUAUGGAACUUCAAGAAGCAGUUAGAUGGACGGAAAUGAUACGAGCAACAAAGACUGAUCCUUCUAGUAUAUCAGGUGGAAAAGUAUCAGUGUGGAAGUUUUUUAGUAGUCUCUUCACAGGACCUGCUGAUCGAGGAACGUUAGUUCGCGGACCACACACAUUACCUCACAUGAGAUACAGUGCACCAACCAAUCAAGUUGUUCCAGCACCACCUUUGGAUACCAUGCGUAGACGUACGUUGAAAGGUCGCCAUGAGUUUUUCGACCAAGGAGACACCAUAGAUACCUGGUUAUUCUGGUUUUCGGUGGGGUGCUUUUUGGCCAGCAGAUCUUCUGAGAAACUCGUAGCGAGACGUGCAAAUGAACGAAGAGAACAAUAUCGUCAAGUUCGCGCUCAUGUUAGAAAAGAGGAUGGACGAUUACACGCUUAUGGUUGGAGUUUACCUGGAAAACCAAGUGCUCCAGUUAGACAACCUGUUCCUGUGCCUGUCUAUUGCAGACCUUUACAGGAAUCUGAGCCUGGCAUGAAGAUAUGGUGUGGUGCUGGUGUAAACUUAAGUGGUGGUAAAACUCGAGAUGGUGGUUGUAUGGUUGGAGGAAGCGUGUUUUAUGCUGCUGAAGCUCAAGAAAUAAGUACGAACACAAAAACUGAAGCAGAAGAUGCUAUCGAACAUUUAGAUAAGGAACUUCAAGAGAAUGAAAAUCAAAGAGUUGAAGCAGAACAAUUAGAGCAACAUCUUAGCUCAUUAGUAUGGAUUUGUACAUCUACUCAAAAAAUGUCAAAAGUUACUGUGAUAGAUGCUAAUAAUCCAGCUGAUAUUUUGGAAGUCUUUAGUGUUUGUCAAGGACAUUUACUUUGCAUUGCAAGUGUACCUGGAGCCAAAGAGAGUGAUUAUGCUCAAGCUAUGAAUGAAGAUUCAAUUCGAACUGCCAAUGGAAUAAAUGAGAUUGCUAAUGAAAUAAAUACAACUUCAAAUUCUGAACAGAAUAUUCAAAAAAAUGAACAAGAAACUCAAUCAUUAUUGGAAAAAAAUAAAAAUGAGUUAGAUUCCUCAGAAGAACAAAACAGUGAAAAUGUUAAAAAAUCAGAUGAUACUAAUCAAAUUAUCCCUAUUGAAUCACAAAGUUUGGAAAGUGUAGAUAGUGAAACCACAAAUUUAGGCAAAGUACAUUUUGUAAAAACUAAUUUAGAAACACCAAGCUCACAAUUGGAUGAAAAAAAUGAUACAAAUGAAGAAAAACAAAAUAAAAUUGAAGAAGAUACACCUAUAGAAAAAAUGUCUUCAAUACAACCAACAAUGUGGCUUGGAGCUCAAAAUGGUGCAGUAUUCGUUCAUUCAGCUGUCGCUAAGUGGUCAGUUUGUUUGCAUUCUGUUGAAUUGAAGGAUGCUGCAUUAGCUAUUGUACAUGUCCAAGGACGAGUUCUUGUUGCUCUUGCUGAUGGAACUGUUGCAUUAUUUCGAAGAGGUGCAGAUGGACAAUGGGAUUUGUCUCAAUAUCAUGUGAUUACUUUGGGUAGUCCACAACAUUCAAUUAGGUGCAUGACUGCUGUUAGUGGCAAAACUGUAUGGUGCGGAUAUAGAAAUAAGAUUCAUGUAAUAGAUCCAGUAUCAAUGACUGUUGAGUGCACCGUGGAUGCUCAUCCACGACGAGAAUCGCAAGUAAGACAAUUAGCUUGGUUAGGUGAAGGAGUGUGGGUCAGCAUUAGAUUAGAUUCAACAUUAAGACUCUAUCAUGCUCAUACUUAUCAGCAUCUCCAGGAUGUUGAUAUUGAACCUUAUGUUAGCAAAAUGCUUGGAACUGGAAAACUUGGUUUUUCAUUUGUAAGAAUUACUGCAUUACUCAUUUCCUCAAAUAGGCUAUGGAUUGGCACAGGAAAUGGAGUAAUAAUUUCUGUUCCUUUAUCUGAAAGUGCUGGUGGUUCAAUGGCAGUAUCCAGAAUUCAAGCAGGAAAUGCUAAAAAUGAUGUACCAGGUGUUGGUGUCAGAAUUUUUGCCUCAGAUCGUGGCGUUACGCCUGGCAGUUUUAUACCUUAUUGUAGUAUGGCUCACGCGCAACUUAGUUUCCAUGGACAUAGAGACGCGGUUAAAAUGUUUGUUGCAGUGCCUGGUCAUGGCGGUCAAAGUGCAGUAUCAGAUGGUUCUCAACCUGCUAUGCUUGUUCUUUCAGGAGGAGAAGGCUAUAUAGAUUUUAGAGUUGGUGAUGGAGAAGAUACAGAAAUAGAACGUUCUAAUAAUGCUGUGUCCGCUAAUGCUGAAGAACACGGAGAACAAAGUCAUCUAAUUGUGUGGCAAGUGCAAUGUCCUUUAUCAGUGCCAAUGAAUGGCUAGCCUAGAAAUUCUAGAAAUAUAUUGAUCCCGGUGUAUAAUUCAGUUUGAACUUUUACGUGUAAAUCGAGGCGUUUAAAUGGUUUACGUGAUAUAUUAUUAUGAAAUUGAUAAAUCAGAUCUAUCUUUUGAUUAAACAAUUUCUGCAUCUAUUUAAUUAUAAUUACAUAAUAAUUGUAGCGAAAUAUACAAAUAAUCGUACAAAUAAUGUAACGGCGAAAGAAAAAGAUAUUUUGUGCGACUUUUAAGAAUAAGAAUCAUCUUCAAUAUUUCAUUACGGAUAAAUCUUAAACAGAAAGCUUUUUUUGUUAAAUAUUGAAAUUAAUUUAUUUCAUAUAAAAGACGUUUAUUAGGAAAUUUUUUUAAAAUUGAAAGAUAUAAUUAGAUCUCUUAAUGCAAUACUUUAUAAUUUUUAAUUUUUAAUUCUAAAAACAUCUUUUAUUGAAAUAUUGAUUCAAUUUCAUACGUCAAUAACGUAAUUUUUAAUGAAAUUUUUUUUUGACAAUUAUGCAUUAUAUUCUUUUUGUAUAUUAUUGCGAAGCACGUAUGUAGAAACUUUUAAAACGUCUUGAAAUCCAGUGUCAAAGAACGUUGGAAUUAUAAUAUUAUAUUUCCACCAAUUAAUGUGAUAAAUCAAUAGAAAAUACGGGAUAAUGAGUUUCAAAGCUGCCGUGACAUUUGCUAUCUAGCUGCAAUAAAAUCAAGAUUAUUAUAUUAUGGAAGUCAGAUAACAAACAUUGUACAAUGUUCAUUUGCAGGGAUGAGAGGUGCAACCGACCUGGAUAGUAUUUAAAAAUAAUCUAUUGUAAAUUGUUUCCAUUAGAAAAUAUAUUAUUUUCCAAACUUAAAUAAUUUGAUUUACAUAAAAAUAUAUGUAUAUGUGAAAUGUAAUAUAUUUUUUAUGUUCUACUAUCAACUCUUCUCCAAUAUUACAGUGUUUGCGCCUAUUUUUUUCAAAAUUAAGAUCUUUGAAGAGUAUUGCAAUGAAUUUAUAUAAUUAUGUACAUAAACUAUUGCGACAUAUUUGUAUAGUGUUUUUCGUAAUUUAGUUAAGUUUUUAUCGAUAAACGAAAUAGAUAUGGUUUUGGAUAUACAUAUAGAUACAUAUAUACAUAUGAAAUCAUAUGUUAAUCUUUCAUUGGUCGCUGCAAUUUUAAUUUAUUGUCAAUUUCCUUCUUAUAUAAUUACCAAAGAUGAAAAACUUAUUUAUAUUCUUUAUACGCAAGAGAUAGUUUAAAAAUUGUGCGUUUUAGCCAAUAUAUGUAGCGUCCUGAAAUGUAGUAUAAUUUCAUGCAUUGAAAUUUAGAAAAAAGUCGCCAUGAUAUUUGAAUUUACAAGAAUUUUUAUAAAUUCCUGUGUUAUAAAUGACGGACAGUGAAAUUAAAAAUGUGUACGAUAUAUAAGAGCUGCGCAUUUUUUGUGUGUGAGCUCGCUUUCAGUGUCGAGCUCGGAAUUGUACCUGGCUCUGAUGAAGCUGCAAAGGCGUUAAUAAAGAAAGUUGCAAAA